AUGACUCACGAGACAAUGACACAGACUGGCCGUGCCGUUGCAAAGGCAUCCCAGGGCACGAGUACCACGAGCAAGAACGCCGAAAUCUCUGUCAUUGACAUGGCCUACAAAAUCCGCAUUCGCGUCGCUCGCCAAAGCCAGGUUGAAGCGCACCUCACGAGCAUCGCCGAACAACCGACCAAGUCCAACAAGUCCAACUUGGCAGCCCGCUUCGUCGCUACACUCAAACGCAAGACCUUUCGCCAAAAGAACGACAGCCAGCCGGGAUCGUGCAAGACCCCGCCGCUGUCGCCCAGGAGCCGACGUCGCAUGAUCAACACCACCCUCACUAGCAGCCUGCGACGAACCCUCAUGGAGAGCCCCAACGCUCAGAGCGGGCGUCAAGACACGGUUCUCGUCUGA